AUGUCGACGGUAAAGGCGAUGAGCUCCGAUGUCCAUCGAAUUUCUUCUGUAAUGGAUGAGUUGACACAGAAGCUGACCUUGCUCACGUUUGCCAGCCAUCAAGUGUUGGAAGCAAUUCAGGACAAUGAUUCUGGGCACCUUUCAGAGAUACUUGGACCUGAGGUUUUGAGACGCAUGGCGGAGCAGACUAGACUUGAGGAGCUUUACCAUGGGAGCACUAUAACAAGCGAUGAAGCUGCGGUAGCAUCUCUAGAUGUUGAUGAUCUGCAGGAAAUUGUUGAGCAGUUGGAGAGGAACACCAGGGAAUUGUGCAGAAAACUGCGAGAGGUGCCAAACGUAGUGCAAGAGUUGAGGGGCUUGCAGGAAGUGAAACCCGUCAACUCCAUGAAAUUCAUUCAUGCUCUGGCAGAUAUGCAGGAGGUAAUGCUGAAGCGACUUACAACACCUGUAGAAGACGAGAAGGCGAACGACGAUCUAUUACAGAUGUACCUCCAACAGGAGCGCGCCGCUGCAGAGCGUCGCGCUGAGUUGGAAGCCCAGCUGUCACAGCUACGUACUGCAAGGCAGAAGCACGCCUCCAGAUCAUCAGAAGCGAUUGCAAAGCUGAAAUCUGACCUUCAUGACAUCCAAAGCACCACAGAGCAGCGGUUGUGGCAGAUGAACGAGGAAUUUGCCAGGAAAGACUCGCAGCAGACCCGUGCUUUCCAACGAAAAACGGGAGAAGCUGCUGCAUUCAAAGCCCAAUUAGAAAAACGUGGGGCUAGUCAGGCAGCGGCAGCACGAGAGGAUAUGGAUGUGAGGACUCGAAAUCAACGAAUAGCUAAACAGGAACUGGAAAACUCGGUGAAGUUGCUAGACAAGGAGAUCGCCCAAAAUGAGAGAGAGAUUCAAGCAAUGAAACUAAGAAACCGAAUGGAUGAAGAGUCUCUGGCCUGCCUGACCAGAGCUUUAGAUGCAAUCGAUGCGGAAAAAGAGAGGAAGGACAGUGCAGAACGCAUCUCCAGAGCAGUUUAUGCGAGAGCAGAAGCAGAUCGAGCGAAAAAAGCAGUCGCCGCUUGCCUGCUGCAAUCAUACUGGCGUGGAAUCAAUCAGCGUGAAGAAUACAUAGCGUUGAAGAGGGCAGCGGCGCGGAAAGCGAAGAGAAGAGCGAAACGUACCAAGUGA